GCUUCGAACUCCACGGCUUAAUUUACAUACGAACACCUCCUAAUAUCACCCUUUUUUUGUUUUAUUGUCGAUAAGCCCCGCAACUCAGCGAGUGACUUACCCGCUAUACCUGAGAGAGCUUUCCCUAUUCUCUGUCAAUUUGUGCAGGGUUGCUGAUGCACCCGAAGCUGUCCCAGAGAGCCCCCCUGACGCGACCCGACUUGUACAAAUGAUUUGACUUGUUCAGUGUCGCUCGCUGUCUCGUCAUCCCGAACCACUCUGAUUCGCAAAUCUACAAAGCAACACGACGGUACUCGAUAACCGCCCAACAUGGCCACUAUACGCAGCCUCGACCAUACCAAGUCCGAGGCCGAGUUGGCCAUUAACAUCAAGAAGGCCACGAGCCCCGAGGAAUCGGCCCCGAAACGUAAGCAUGUUCGGAGCUGCAUCGUCUACACAUGGGACCACAAGUCCUCCCUCUCCUUCUGGGCUGGGCUCAAGGUCCAGCCCAUCCUAGCCGACGAGGUCCAGACCUUCAAAGCCCUGAUCACCGUUCACAAAGUCCUCCAGGAGGGACACCCUGUGACUCUGAGGGAGGCAAUGGCGAACAAGGGGUGGAUCGACAGCCUGAAUCGCGGAAUGGCCGGCGAGGGCAUGCGCGGCUACGGCCCCCUGAUCAAGGAAUACGUCUACUACCUACUCGCCAAGCUCUCGUUCCACAAACAGCACCCGGAAUUCAACGGCACUUUUGAGUAUGAGGAAUACAUCAGCCUCAAGGCCAUCAACGACCCGAACGAGGGCUACGAGACCAUCACCGACCUCAUGACCCUGCAGGACAAGAUUGACCAGUUCCAAAAGCUGAUCUUCUCCCACUUCCGCAAUGUCGGCAACAACGAGUGCAGAAUCUCUGCGCUCGUGCCUCUCGUCACCGAGAGCUACGGCAUAUACAAGUUCAUUACCAGCAUGCUGAGGGCGAUGCAUUCUACUACUGGGGACAACGACGCCCUCGAGCCACUCCGCGGGAGAUACGACGCUCAACACCACCGGCUCGCCAAGUUCUACUACGAAUGCUCCAAUCUCCGCUACCUCACCAGUCUCAUCACCAUCCCCAAGCUACCGCUAGACCCGCCCAAUCUGCUCGCAGAAGACGAGAAUGCGCCAGCCCUCCCCGCGCGGCCCAAGCAGGAGAUUGAGAAGCCACCAACGCCUCCGCCGGCGCCAAAGUCUGAGGAACCAGACGAGAUCAACGAGUUUUGGAAGAGCGAAAUCGAUCGUCAGAACCGAGAAUACGAGGAGCAGCAGCGGGUAUUGGAGGCCCAACAGCAAGCAUCGCUGCUUGCGCAACAACAAGCUCAACUCCAGGCACAACGCGAUUUCGAAGAGCAACAGCGGCGGCUGAUGGAGCAGCAACAGCAAGAGCAGGAUGCGCUUAGGGCCCAGCAAGCGCAAUGGCAAACCCAGGGUCGGCUGGCUGAGCUCGAGCAAGAGAACCUCAAUGCGCGGGCGCAGUACGAACGCGACCAACUGAUGCUGCAGCAGUACGACCAACGUGUCAAGGCCCUGGAAGGCGAGCUACACCAGCUGCAAAACAACUUUGGACAGCAGUUGGGAAGCAAGGAUGACCAGAUACGAGCGCUGCAAGAGCAGGUCAAUACCUGGAGGACCAAGUACGAAGCUCUGGCAAAGUUGUACUCCCAACUCCGCCACGAACACCUCGAUCUGCUCCAAAAGUUCAAGUCGGUGCAGCUCAAGGCUGCUUCGGCCCAGGAGGCGAUCGACCGACGAGAGAAGUUGGAGCGCGAGAUCAAGACGAAGAACCUCGAGCUGGCCGACAUGAUCCGAGAGCGGGAUCGGGCCCUCCACGAUAAGGAUAGAGUGUCGGGGUCCAACAAGGACGAGGUGGAGAAACUAAAGCGGGAGCUCCGGAUGGCCCUCGAUCGCGCAGACAACCUGGAGCGGAGCAAGGGCAACGAGCUCUCCACCAUGCUCUCCAAGUACAACCGCGAGAUGGCAGAUCUCGAGGAGGCGCUCCGCAACAAGUCGCGGGCGCUAGAGGACUCGCAAUCCAAGUUGAGAGACGGCAGCUCGGAUCUCGAGGCGCUUCUUCGUGAGAAGGAGGAAGAACUCGAGGUUUACAAAGCUGGCAUGGACCAGACCUUGCUUGAGCUCAACGAGCUAAGGAACAACCAAGGCACAUCGGAUCAGGUGCUCGAUGGCCAACUCGAUGCCUUAAUCCUCGGUCAACUAGGCAAGAUCAACGACAUAAUCGACUCGGUGCUCCAGGCGGGGGUACAGCGCGUCGACGACGCCAUGUACGAGCUUGACUCGACCAUGCAAGCGGGUAACCAGAAUGCCUCCCCAUCUUUCGUUCUAUCGCAAAUUGAGAAGGCGUCGGCUAGCGCCACCGAGUUUGCGACGUCGUUCAACGCCUUCGUAGCGGACGGGCCCAACAGCACCCAUGCGGAUUUGAUCAAGACCGUCAACGUGUUUUCUGGUGCCAUUGCAGAUGUCUGCAGCAACGCGAAGGGUCUGACACGUCUGGCCACCGAUGAAAAAAAGAGUGACGCCAUGAUGAGCGGUGCCCGCCAAUCCGCCCAUGCCACCGUCAAUUUCUUCCGCAGCUUGCUGAGCUUCCGACUGGAGGGAAUGGAUGCGAUGCAAAAGACGGACGUCGUCAUCAACAGCAAUCAUGAUGUCCAGGUGAACCUUCAGAAACUCAACAACCUGGUCGAGACCUUCGCGCCGGGCUUCGGCAAGCUCGCCAACAAGGGUGAUUUGGGCGAUGUUGUCGACCAAGAACUGAGCAGAGCGGCGGAUGCCAUCCAGGCAGCGGUCGACCGCCUGAACAAGCUCAAGAACAAGCCUCGUGACGGCUACUCGACCUACGAGCUUCGGGUGCACGACUCGAUCCUGGAUGCCGCCAUGGCGAUCACCACGGCCAUCGCGCAGCUCAUCAAGGCCGCCACUGUCACACAGCAAGAGAUUGUGCAAGCCGGGCGCGGUUCUUCGUCGCGCACGGCCUUCUACAAAAAGAACAACAGGUGGACAGAAGGGCUCAUCUCGGCUGCCAAGGCGGUCGCGGGAUCGACUAACACGUUGAUCGAGACAGCUGACGGUGUCCUCUCGAACCGCAACAGCCCGGAACAGCUCAUCGUGGCGUCCAACGAUGUGGCAGCGUCCACGGCGCAACUCGUGGCCGCCAGCCGCGUCAAGGCCGGCUUCAUGAGCAAGAGCCAAGAGAACCUCGAGCAAGCCAGCAAGGCUGUCGGGGCCGCUUGCCGCUCUCUCGUCCGACAGGUGCAGGCCAUGAUCAAGGAUCGCAAUGCUGGGGAGGAACAGGUGGACUACUCCAAGCUGGGCGCACACGAGUUCAAGGUGCGCGAGAUGGAGCAGCAGGUCGAGAUUCUUCAGCUGGAGAACUCGCUGUCCGCUGCCCGUCACCGCCUCGGCGAGAUGCGCAAAAUUUCGUACCAGGAGGAGUAAGGGUGUGUUGUGCGGGAAGCCUGUAUGGAUUGGGGCGCGCCGCGGGGCUGAGCAGCGGCAAUUGGGGUUUAUUCGGCAUCACUUCGACGUACUUAGUUUGAGCAACUCCUGGAGCCCUUACUUGGGCGUUACACAUCGUUCAUUUUCGUCUUGACGGGAUUCAGCGCUGGGGGUUGGGAUAGGGAUCCCCUGCUGUCGGGAGUGGGCAAACAUUUGCAACAUAUAUGCGAUGCUGUUACCCGGGUUACGCUGGGGACGACCUUGUCCGGCCAAACACACGAAAUUUCUCCGUUUG